AUGGGCGCCGUUGGUUACGCCACGAUUCGCGUAAGACGCGGGCACUUGCUCGAAGACGGCAUCGCCGGUCUUUCGGAUAAGCUCACAGAGACGCUCGGCGGAAUCAUUCGCGUGCAGUUCAUCAAUCAGCAAGGGCUCGAAGAGGCUGGCGUCGACGGCGGCGGUUUAUUCAAAGAUUUCUUGAACGAUUUAAUUGCGGAAGCGUUCGAUCCGAAAUUCGGCUUGUUCGUCGAGACGCCCGAGCGCACGCUCUACCCGAAUCCAGCGUCUGAGUUGCACGCGGGCGAGCGACACUUGCAGUACUUUUACUUUCUCGGCGCCAUCCUCGGCAAAGCGUGCUACGAUGGGAUUCUUCUCGACGUUCCACUCGCUGAUUUCUUCCUCGCCUCGCUGAAAGGUCGACACGUCGAGUUUAACGACCUGACGACGCUCGAUCCCGAGCUUUAUCGCAACUUGGUUUCGCUCAAACGCUACCAAGGCGACGUCGAGGAUUUAUGUCUGUACUUUACCGCCAUCGAUCGAAGUGGCAUGGAAGAAACUGUGAUCGAGCUCAUCCCGAAUGGCUCGAGCGUACCGGUGACGAGGGCUAACGUCCCGCGGUACCUUCAUUGCAUGUCGAUUUAUUUGCUUCGAGCGCAAAUCUACCGCCAACUUUCGAGCAUGAAGGCGGGCUUUAGCAUCGCCGUUCGCAAGCGUUGGCUCGACAUGUUCACCCCCGCCGAACUGCGAUUACUCAUAUCAGGUAAUCGCACGGGAAGCAUGGACAUCGAUGACAUGGCGGCAAACUGCGAAUACUCUGGCGGCUACGAGGCGUCGCAUCCGACGAUUCGCGCGUUGUGGCGCGUCAUGCGUACGAUUUCCCCAGACGACCAACGUUUGGUGCUCAAAUUCAUCACCUCGUGCAGCAACACACCACUGCUCGGGUUUUCGCAUCUCGAACCCAAACUGUGCGUGCAUCGAAGCGGUACCGCGGGCACGGACGCCCCCGACGCGACCGCGGACUUGACCAGGCUUCCCACCGCCGCGACGUGCAUGAACCUUCUGAAACUACCGCCGUAUUCUUCCGACGACGCGUUGCGCGAAAAAUUAAUGUACGCCGUCAAGUCCGGCAGCGGCUUCGAUUUAUCCUGA